AUGCGACUCCCUUGCCUCUUUCUUGUGGCCACCAGCGCACUCUUUCAUGUCGUUUCCGGAGUCGGUUCCUCCCAUACCUGUGCUACUAUCGAAGUUCGUAGGGAGUGGAGAAACUUGACUUCCACUGAGCGUAAAGCUUGGAUUGAUGCUAGUAAUUGCUUGAACACUAGACCGAGAUCAGGGAAGCUCAACCCACCAGUGAAUACGGCCGUUGAUUAUCCCGGGUUUUUCAACCAGAUCGUACCCAUAAACGAAAACUCCACAUACUAUGAUGAUCUCGUAUAUGCACAUAUGAACCUCAAUCCUCUCAUUCAUUUUACUGGAUUCUUUUUACCUUGGCACCGUCUGUAUUUACAUGAAUGGACGAAUGCCCUUCGCUCCGAGUGUGGUUACGAGGGUAUCGCACCAUACUGGGCUUGGGAGAAAGAUGCUGCCGAUUUUGAGAACAGUGCCAUUUGGGAUACUGAUCCUGAAUCAGGACUGGGCGGAUUCGGUGAUCCCAACGAUGACUACACAGUAAAGACAGGCGCUCUAAACAUCACAGUUGUAUACCCCAUCACACAUAAGCUUCGUCGAAGAUACACGCCCAUUCUAGAUUUGGAAAAUGUCACUAAAAUCCCUGCCAACUCUACUUUCUCGCAAGAAGAAGUGAAUAGCCUGCUAGCCCAGCCUGAGGGAAAUUUCACUGCGUUUCAUGCCUCUGCCGAAAGGUUCGUCGGAAUGCAUACAGCGAUUCACUAUAUUCUCGGAGGGGACCUCGCUGGUGGAUGUCCCAAGGGAUCGUCCAAUACAACUGCGUGCCCUAUCGAAGGAGCUCCAACAUUCUCCCCCAACGAGCCGAUGUUCCAUAUGCACCAUGGGAACAUUGAUCGUUUCUGGUGGAUGUGGCAAGAAAAGUCCGAUUUAAACAAAGCUGCAUUUCAUGGGGGAUCGGUUCAGAAUUUGUCCAAUUUGGCUACAUACCCUAAUGGUCAACCCCCGUGGCUAAACAAAACGAGCCCUAUUCCUACGGCCGGCAUGUUCGACUCAUACACCAUUGAACAAGUUAUGGAUACCCGGAGCUGGCCUUUGUGUUAUAUUUAUGAGUAA